AUGUUCGUAUUUCAGGUCAAGGAAAAUUCUCCGGCCAGUGUUGCCGGCAUUGAAGAAUUCUUCGAUUACAUCAUUAGCAUCAACCACAUGCCGCUGGUACUGUCCGGUCAUGAAAAGUCGAGUUGCAAUCAAGGCAACACUCAAAUAUUGCUCAAAAACCUGCGAGAAUUUGAAGAUAAACCGGUACCUUUAACCGUAUACUCUAGCAAAGACCAAGAGACGCGAGAGUUGACGCUGAUUCCUAGCAGGCAGUGGCAUACGGAAGGGGAAAUCAAUGAUGCGAGGCUAAAGUACUUAGGAUGUUCGAUUCGUUUCUGCUCGUAUGCGCAUGCAAGUGAACACAUAUGGCAUGUGCUGGAGGUGGCACCAAACUCACCGGCAGAGAUGGCAGGGCUUAUUCCUGAUAAAGAUUUCAUUGUCGGAUCACCGCAUUUGUCUCUUCAAAGCGAAGACGAUCUGUUUCAACUUAUCGAAGAAUUCACGGGUAAAUCAUUGAGGCUCUACGUUUACAAUUCGGAAUGGGACAAAUGUCGAGAGGUUCUUUUAGUUCCUCAUCGAGAUUGGGGUGGCCAUGGAUCCAUUGGAUGCGAUGUAGGAUAUGGGUUACUGCACAGAAUCCCAGCGAGAGAAAAACGAAGGACCUCAAGUGAACAUAACCAGAACUCCCCUCAAGAUCACAGUACUAUGAGCAGUUCCAUCUUUUGUUCCCCAGAUUUUGAACUGUCAUCAUCCCCAGCCCUGGAUCAUAACAAAACACCGUCCACAUCAGGUCCUUCAACAGCAUCAGCCGUCGUAUUGUUCCCAUCGACAGAGGAUCAAUCCCCCAAAGUAGAAAACCCCGAAGAUGAGGAUGAACCAUCUAGGGAUGCUAUACUGGAACAAGCGCGAACCACUGAGCUUCCUCCGUCCCCAAAAGAUCACUUGACAAAGGAGCAAUGA